UGUUUAAGUGAUUACAAUUUGUGUGUUGUUAUUUCCGGGGCUAAGCUAGCUGUGUGGGAGCCAGGCGGGAUGAAAAGCAGGCCUGCUCGCCUCCUGCCCGCCGCCUGCUUGCCUCAUCACUACUGACUUCCUCUUGCAUAAGGGAAUACGGGCAGCUCUGAACGAGGGAGCCUCAGGUUGGAGCCCUCUCCUAGGUUGCCUGAGGAGAGACUUCACAAGGGGGUACCUAGUGGAUGAUUCAUGGCUUUGGUGCGGGUCACAUACCAGAAGGGAAGAAGGAGGCCUGAGCAGGGCUGCUUCUGGUCCUUGCCAGCUGGGUGCCACUGGGAAACCCUGUAGCCCAAGAUAACACAGUUUAUAUGCCCUUAACACUGGCAUGGUGACAAUUUAAGCUUCCGUAGUACAAAGGAGAGUGCCCUUGACAUCCCAUUAAAGCCGCACCAUCAUCCCGGAGCUGGUGUUAGUAACCUCAUCUUACAGGACAAGGAACUGGUUCCAGAAGCAGCGUCACUUGUCAAGGGUGCAUGGCCAGGAAGAAGGACAGUGUGGCUGAGUUGGGCCUGGGUGUCGGGCUACAGCUGGGAUCAGGGCGAGAGUGAAGCUGGGCCUGAGACGAGCAGAACUGCUUUCACUUGGGGCUGAGGCUGGAGCAGGACCCGGUUGUUUGCCUCUCCCACCAUGUGCCUCUGCCUCUGGCAUCCUCCAGGUCUUCUCAUUUCUCUAGACAAGGACCCAAUCAACCACUGAGUGCCUAGUGAUGGCACAGCAGCUCGCCUGGGGGCAAGGCAUCACCCUGCGCAGGAGCGCGGAGAUCGUGACCGAAUUUUUCUCAUUUGGCAGCAACAGCAUUUUGUAUCAGCGUGGCAUAUAUCCGUCGGAAACCUUUACUGGAGUGCAGAAGUAUGGACUCACCCUGCUUGUAACUACUGACCCGGAGCUCAUAAAGUAUCUCAGUACUGUGGUGGAGCAGCUAAAAGAUUGGCUCUACAAGUGCUCGGUCCGGAAACUGGUGGUGGUCAUCUCCAAUAUUGAAAGAGGUGAGGUCCUUGAAAGAUGGCAGUUUGACAUUGAGUGUGACAGAACUACAAAAGAAGAUGGUGUUUGUCGAGAAAAGUCACAGAAAGCCAUCCAGGAUGAAAUCCGUUCUGUCAUCGGGCAGAUCACAGCGACUGUGACUUUUCUGCCACUGCUGGAAGUUUCUCGUUCAUUUGAUCUGCUGAUUUACACCGACAAAGAUUUAGUUGUACCUGAAAAAUGGGAGGAAUCAGGGCCCCAGUUCAUUACCGAUUCUGAAGAAGUCUGUCUACGCCUGCUCAUUCACUACCACAAUCCACAAAGCGAACUGUAUGGCGGCCUACAAAAUCCCUGCCACUGACUGAAGAGAAGGUAAAGAAAGCCAGGAUCCUUGUUUGAUAAAUGUUCCUCGUUGUUCCAUUUCAUGGGUUCCUCCUGGACUUGCCAUAAAGUCAGCACAACCAGACUGCUGCACGUCAAGGCGAACCGACAGAUUUUUGUCAACAUUGUGGAGUGGAGUCCUUUAAAAGUGGUCAUGGUAGGUAGGAAUUCUUUUGUUAGAAAGCUAAAUGAAUCCCUAACCGUUUAGCUCAGCAAUCUUGACCAGGAUAUAGAGAAGCAUAUAAUGUACAUACAGCAAAAGGCACCGAGGCUUUGUUUAGUUCUGGGAGUCAUGAACACUGCCUUACCGUGUCCUUUUAUCAUUUCUCUUUGUCUAUAGACCCCAUAUUGAAAUACAUGCUAAUUCAUUGAUUUUAGUGUAUAUACCAUGAACUCACAAAGCAGUUGAUACUGAUUAGUUUCUGUAAUAAAGAACUCUUGUUUUUAAUGUUUUAUAUAUAAAAAAAAAGCAGAUUGAGCAAACCAUCACGAGUAAGCCAGUAAUCAGCACAGCUCCAUGACCUCCGCAUUAGUGCCUGCCCUGCUUGAGUUCCUGUCCUGUUGAGGGGCUACCCUGUGGAAGUGUAAGCUAAACAAACCCUUCCCUCUCCAGCUUGCUUUUUGGUCACAGCGUUUCCCUGCAGCAGUAGCAACCCUGACCAGGACAUCAACCCUUGUGUUGGCUUAGUCUCUCUGGCAGUGUGAAUAUAUCCUAAUCCUAGGAAGCAGAAGGAGGGAGGGUAGAGGGUGCUAACAGAAGAAAGUGAGCUAGGAGAGGGCAAGCAGGAUGCCAAGUCCUGAAGGUGAACUGGGGAGGGGUGAUGAGGGAGAGAGCACCCCACAAAGAACAUGUCAGGCAGAGCUCAACAGAUCCGGGCGUCAGAAAAGCUCAAUCUGGGGUUGGAGAUAGACCUCUGCCGUGUAAGCAGGAGAACUGAAUUUGAUCCUUAGCAAACAAGUAAAAUCUGCUCAUGGUA